CGUUUUAGUGCCCCUGUAUUCUUGUAUCCAUGGUAUUUGAUGAAAGGGAAUUACUUUGCUGUUGAGAGAUUAUUAUUACCAGUAUUCCCACAUAAACAAUUAUGGGGCCCAAGAAGAAGGGAAAGAAGUCUGGCAAACUUUCCAAGAUGACAGAAGAGGAAAGAUUGGCAUAUGAGGAACAAAAAAAUCUAGCAGAGGAAGAACUGAAAAAGAAGAAGGAGGAUAUGUUGACACAGUUUUUAAAAGACAAAUUGGCAAAAGAAGAGAGAGCAACAAAAUUCAACAUAAAUAAAUUGAACCAUCAAUGGAGGAACAUCAUGAGAGAAAACAAAUCCAAAGAACUGAAGAAAGACCUGGAAAUUCUCAGCCAGACGUUUGAGAGAAUUGUAGACAGGAAGGAUGCCACUAUUAAAUCUCUGGCCAAGGACCUGCAGGAGGCUGACGAACAGUACUCCAUGUCUCUGAGGGCCCACCUACAAAAUGUGGACAGUCUCAUAGACCAACAGAAGUUGAGGAUUCAGAGCCUACAGCAUGAAUACGAGGAGGAGCUGGAGGUAAUCCGUGAGGAGUUCGACACAGAGCGAUCCAUCAUGAUAGAGCAGCAUGAUGUGGAAAUGAAUGAUAUAGCAGACAUCUUGUUUGCCAUGGAACAAAAUUUCCAGGACCGGGAGAAUGAGGCAAAGUCCGAGUUCCAGAGCAUGACAGAUGAGAUCAGAAACAAGCACAUGGAAGAAAAACAUGGUCUCCACCACACCCUACAAGACAAAUUGGAAUUUUACUGGAAGGAGUUCAGCAACGCACUCAAAAUGUACCAGGAAAACAACCAGGACCGCAAACUCGCCUUUGAGGAACUCAAGGCCAAGGAUGAUGAUUCUGCUCAGGAAAUUGAUGCUCAAAUGAGGAAAUUAACUCGAAUUUCAGAACAAAUUGCUCAGUUGAAGUCAAAAAUGGCAUCAAAUGCCAAGGAAUGUGAGGAGAGAAAUCGUCAACUUAAAGAGGAAAGAGAAAAGAUGUUGGCACAUUUUCAACAUUUGAAAUCCCAAAUGAACAAGAUGAGAGACGGAGAAAGAGACAAACUCACUAAGCUGACCUUGGAAAGCAACUCAGCCAUCAAAGAAAUUAAACGACGCAUAGAAAAACUACAAAGCAUAAUGAAAGUUGGCGAGAUGUGCCGUAAGUUUGAGACAGAAGAGGAGAAGGUUCUGCCAUUUUAUGCCUCGUCUUUGACACAGGAAGAGCAGAGUGAUGUAAACACUGCAGUGUUGGAAACUCCUAACGAGGCGCUAGUGGCCGUGAUGCAUGAGUACCAGGGUCUGGAAAAUUUCUGGAAACGGUACAACAAGGUCAGUCUGGACAAGCUGGCCCUGGACAAGGAAAAACAGGGACUGAUGAUUGAGAAUCAACAGCUGAGGACACUGCUCAAACAGUACCUCGACGGAAUCUCUGUCAAUGAUGAAAUCCUGUCACAGGUCAACCCACUUUUCAUCAUCAACAACAAGACAAAUGUCAAAUUAAAUGUCCCAGUAACAGAUCCGCGCAUUCGCCGCCCGGUAGCGCAGACCGUCAUCGAAGCUUCGCACGUCGUCAAGAAUGUACUGCCAUCGUGAAUGAUAUUUCUUCUUCUUAUCAAGCAGUUCUAAAGUACGGCCAGCCAAUUCAUCUGUCUGUAGCAGCUGUGUUACCUGUCAAGUUUAAAUGCUUUAAACUGCGAUUUCUGGUUUUUGUAUAAAAAGAAUUUUAAAGUGUUUACAAGUACAUGUACAGAUACUGCAUGUUUGUACAUGAGGUGACAAUAUAUCAAUAAUCAGGACUAACACUUUUGUCCAAGUUCUAUUUGUUAAAAAUAUAUUAAGUGUUUGUAUGACACAAUCAAAUAUAGCAAAUGUGUUCACAUAUACAUGCAUAUAUACUGUAGUAUUAUGGUUUAAUACAGUACUAGCAUAAUAUUUUUUUUGCAUAUUUUAUGGUAGUAUUACAGUGUGUGAAUUCAGUAUUCUGAAGAAAAUCUAUGUAACACACUGCACACAGUAUUCUAUUAUAUUUUCACUGUGCCAAACAUAUGAAAUUCACUUUGGGAUCUGAGAUAUUUGCUUUACAUUGUUGUACUGUAGAAAUUCAUUGAGACUAAAUUUAUAUUUUUAGCAUGAAUAAGUAUUGAGAUAUAAAUGAAGAACUUAAAUACUUUAGAGUUUUUUUUAAAUAGUUUUGUUACUGAGAGUACUUUUCAUAUAAACAAUGGUAUUGGUUUCAGGGAGAUUUGUAGGGAAUUCCUGAAGAAUUAUGAGUUGUUUUUUUGUGGUAUAAUUUCUGAUAUGAAGAGUGUGCUAUUUUCUCAAUGCUUUAUACAUCUUGCCACUGCUCUGCAUUGGAUUGCCAUAUGUGACGUGUUAAAACUAUCUUGCCGCUAUUUACUAUACAAAAGUGUGUAACUUAUUUCUGUUUUGAAUUGUUUUACAUAUUAUCUGUUUUGUUGUGCAGCUGUUUUGUUGUGAUUUCAUACUUUAUGUACUACAAUUUCACCAAUUAACAUUGAUAAAUAAAUAAAAAAAAAAAAAAAAAGGAAAACACUUUAUCCUUCUU